UUUAUUUUGAAGUUGAGCCGGAAGUAUUGUCGGAAACCCGAAGUAGCUCAGUGAAGCUAAAUUAGCUUUGUUUUCAUCUUUUCUGGCCUUGAUAAGUGGCUGUGUCGCUGUUGGACCGUCACCAGAGGCUGACGUCGCACAAAACGAGGUGUGUUGCUGAGGUGGAAGGAUGGCAGGCUCACAGUGGGAGCUUCCUCCGGAGCUCUGCUGUCGGCCCAUGGCCUUUGUAGCCCUAACUGGUCUGGAUGUUGUGUACAAUGCCGUGCACCGUGCCAUUUGGGACGCCUUCUGCGCCAACCGACGUGCCGACAGAGUUCCCAUCUCUUUCAAAGUCCUGCCAGGAGACCAUGAGUACCCCAAAUGUCGCACAAAGCGAACAUCCUAUGAGUGGUACAUCCCGAAAGGCAUUUUAAAAACAGGCUGGAUGAAUAAACAUCUGAAUCUGGUUCCAGCUCUGGUUGUUCUCUUCUAUGAAUUGGACUGGGACGACCCACAGUGGAAAGAGAAACAGUCUGAAUGCGCCACGAAAGUGGAGAUUGUCAGGACCAGUCUUCAGGGCAGGAAUACUAAGGUGGCUGUGGUUCUAAUCCAGAAGAAAACUCCUCUGCCUCCAGGAGAGGAUCUGGUGGCAUCAGAGAGAGCAGCAGCUCUUUGUAACUCCUGUGAUCUGUCUGGAAAAAGUCUCUUCGUGCUGCCGCACACUGACCAUCUCGUGGGCUACAUCAUCAGGUUGGAGAAUGCCUUCUAUGAACACGCUCAGACGUACUACUACACCGAGAUCCGCCGUGUCAAAUCACACAAAGAGUUCCUCAACAAAACAACACAUCAGCUUUUGUUUGUGAGACAUCAGUUUAAAAUCGCCUUCUUCAGUGAGCUGAAACAGGACACCCAGAACGCUCUCAAAUACUACAGGACUGCGUACAGUCUCAUCCAUGAGCUGAGAGCCCACGAGACCAACAUGCUGGAGAUCAAAACCAUGGCUGGAUUUAUCAACUAUAAGAUUUGUCGACUGUGUUUCCAGCAUAACACUCCUCUGGAUGCCAUUGCCCAGUUCAGGAAGCACAUUGACCUGUGCAAGAAGAAGAUCGGCAGUGCUGAGCUGGCCUUCGAGCACGCGGCGUGGAUGUCGAAACAGUUCCAAUCAUUUGGCGAGCUGUUUGAUGAAGCUAUAAAGUUGGGUCUGACGGCCAUCCAGACCCAGAAUCCUGGUUUCUAUUACCAGCAGGCUGCCAUUUACAGCCAGGACAGAAAGCUGAUGGCACAGCAGCUCUGUCAGGUUGAAGUGAGUCAUCUCACCCCUGACCCACUGGACACACCCAGUGGAGGACUGGACUUCUAUGGCCAGAGAGCCUGGAGACAAGGACAUCAGAGUAUUGAUCCACCAGACUCAGAGAAAGAGAAGUUGGGGAUUGUGGCCCUGCAGAUUAAAGAGAGAGAUGUACCACAUUCUGAGCUGAUCAUCACCCUCCUUAGCAACGCUGUUGCGCAGUUUAAGAAGUAUAAGUGUCCUCGAAUGAAGAGUCACCUCAUGGUGCAGAUGGGAGAGGAGUACUACCAUGCUCAGGACUACACCAAAGCCCUCAAGCUGUUGGACUAUGUGAUGUGUGACUAUCGCACAGAGCGUUGGUGGGGUCUCCUGACGGCCAUACUGACCACUGCUCUGCGCUGUGCCUACCUGAUGGCCAGUGUCAAAGACUACCUCAUGUACUGUAUGGAGCUUCUUGGCAGAGCUUCAACAUUGAGGCAGGAGCAGAAGUUGAGGAUUGAAAAGAAUCUCUUCAAAGUCCUGAUGAAUGAGGCCCCGGAUGCUGAGCCGGAGUGUGAGCCAGCUUCUGCCAGUGCUGCACGGUCGCUGUGGAAUGACCGUGUGGCUUUAGCCGGCUCCAACGAGCUAACUGUAGAAAUGCAAGACUGCAUCCCAUUCAUCCAGUGUAAAGCCAAGUUCCUGUCUCCCAGUUUCCAUGUGGACCAGCCCAUCCAGCUCCAGGUUUUCCUCAGGUCGGACUGUCCUCACCCUGUAACCUUCAACAAGCUUGCCGUCAGCCUCAGUAACCAGGAGUACAACCAGUGGUGUGUGGAUCCGUCAGACAAAGAGAGUAUGAGCUUGUUGCCGGGGAAAAUCAGGCACUCCAACUUCAGCUUUGUAGCAAAGGCGGAAGAUGUUGGCAAGAAGAUAGAGAUUACAGGGAUCGAGGUGAUGCUGGGCAGUGACAGAGGACGAUGUGUAUUUUUAAGUUGGAGGGGGGCAGGUGGAGAUGCUGCCUCUACCCACGAAGCACUGCAGGCGAACCGCUCCUCGCGGCGAUGGGGGCGGUCCAUGGACAUGCGUCAGGAUGUGGACUGGGACACCAUAAUGGUGCAGCAUAGUACCAUGAUCAUCUCCAGAGUGCCAAAGAUCUCGGUUCAGCUGAGCCACCAACCACCUGCACUCAACAACGAGAUGUACUGCAUCAGCCUCACUGUCCAAUCACAGGAAGAGGGUGUGGCCAAAGAUGUUAAACUGACAGCUGGCAUCAAACCAGGUCAGGAUGCUAACCUCAGCCAGACCACCCAUGUGACCCUGGAUGGUGCCACAGUUUGUGAUGAUGCUGCACCUGCUCUGCUCCUAGAUGUACCUCUGGGCGACCUGAAACCUGGAGAAAAGCUGGAGAGAUGCAUUUAUGUGAGGUGUAUGUCAACUGGUCCAAGGGUCUUCCUGUUCCAUGUGGCCUACAGCAUGAACACCACUGUGGAAGGUCGACAGAUUAUGUGCAGGUGUCAUAAGGAUGAGACGGUCACUAUAGAGACGGUGGUCCCAUUUGAAGUAUCCAUCAAGUUUGUGUCCAAUAAGUUUGAGCCGUUGGACCGUGUAGCAGUGGACAUCCCCUUCCUCUUGAUGACAGACAUCCUCUCGUCCUCUCCCUGGCCUCUCCUGCUGGCGUCGUCCUCGCUGCAGCUGGUUUCCAUGACGAACAACACACCACAGCUUCAGUCACAAAUAGAACAAGUGGUUCUUCAGACAGGUGAGUGUGCCAGUGAGUGUUUCUGUCUCCGAUGUCCUCCACUGAGCAACAGCUGUAACACCAUGGCUACAGGACAGUACCGAAUAUCAUGGAGACGGGAGUCCGGCGGUGCAGAUAGUCCUCUGAUCCAGACUACAGUCACUCUGCCUCAUGUUAUUUUGGAGACUGUGCCUCUCUACAUCCAUGCUGAUCUGCCAUCAUUCGGACGUGUCAGAGAGUCUCUGCCAGUGCGCUAUCACAUAGAGAACAGAACCGCUCUGGUCCAGGAGGUGGAGAUGGCAGUUGAACCUUCUGAUGCCUUUAUGUUCUCUGGACUCAAACAGGUGCGCGUGCGUAUCCUGCCCAGCUCAGAGCAGCAGAUAUUAUAUAACUAUUACCCGCUGAUGGCGGGUUACCAGACACUGCCGCAGCUAACCCUCAGCCUGCCCCGCUGCCCCGCCGCCACUCAGCCGCUCAGACGCUUCCUGCCCCAACGCAUCUUUGUCAAGCCGCAGGGACGACAGCUGGACGACGCCUCCAUCGCUGCAGGCUGACAAGAACACGAGCACACGUCCUGAAUUCAUGAUUCCUGUGUUUGAUUGACAUUUUUUCACGCCGUCCACUGACUGGACGUCGUCCUGGGCAGGUAGCGGCAACGUCAGGAGUGUUGGACUGCUGCUGAAGCUGAUCUUAGCGAUGCAGCGAAAUGGAAGUGUUGGACUCUUUGUCUUUUUGUCUGUAACUGAACUUUAGCUUGACUCUGAAGGGUUUGCGAUGCUUAAAGUCAACGUUAGUCCUUUGGUGCGCUGAUAUAUUACACAAACGCGUCCUUCCUACAGGAGUCACGGUAAAUAACCUCAGCGCUCACAGACAUGCUCACGUGCGCUGAUGAAUGUUUGUGUUUUUGUUGGUUUCUAAUGAGAGUCACAUUAAUGCUUGCAGAAUAAAGUUGGACUGAAAUGUG